CCGCCCUCCCCCCACCAUCACCCCGUCCCGCCUGCUGGUCCCGCCGACCCACGCGCGACCUAGUGACCCGCGGACCGACGAACCGGUUCGGUUCUCGCCUGCGCCAUGUCUGGCUCCUCCAGUGUCGCGGCUAUGAGGAAGGUGGUUCAGCAGCUCCGGCUGGAAGCCGGGCUGAACAGCGUGAAGGUUUCCCAAGCAGCUGCAGACUUAAAACAGUUCUGUCUGCAGAAUGCUCAGCAUGACCCCUUGCUGACUGGAGUGUCUUCAAGUACGAAUCCCUUCAGACCUCAGAAAGUCUGUUCCUUUUUGUAGUAAAACACAUCUU